GAAGAUUAUGAAGAUACAGGGAUAUCUGAUUCUGGCAGUCGGUCAUUUAGUUCCAAUAUGAGUUCUAUUCUAUACGUAUCAAUCUAGGGUCCUGUAAAAUAUCUUAUCUACUCCACACUCCCCAAAACCCAUUUCUUUUCUUUAAUUUCAUAAUUUCUCCUUUUGUCUUGCUUCCCCUUAAGUUUCUGAGUCUUUUGUUCAAGUGGGGGGUUGUGUGUUUGGAGGUCAAUCUUUUUCUGGAUGCGACAAUGUGAAAAAGGGGUUUUAAUUUUGACUUUUUGAGAGGAUUUAAAGCCACCAAUUAGGGUUUUUCUUUAAUCAGAAUCAUAAAGUGGUGAACUUUGACCCUUUCUUUUCACACCUUGAUCAACAAUCAACAAAAGUUCUACAACAAAAGGUGUUGUUUGCUCUUGUGAUCAUGGGUUCAUCUUGCACCAAGCUCAUUCCAUGUCUAGUUUCACCAAACAAGGCAUCGGUUCUCGAGGAUCCGAACAAUGGUAAUGAAGAGGAAGGCGGUAAUUUGCCUAAAUUCAAAGAGUUCACCUUCGAGCAACUUAAAAAUGCAACAUCAGGUUUUGCUGUUCAAAACAUUGUAUCCGAGCACGGUGAGAAAGCCCCAAAUGUUGUGUAUAAAGGAAAACUUGAGAAUCAAGUGAGGAUCGCAGUUAAACGUUUUAAUAGUUCAGCCUGGCCUGAUUCCCGACAAUUUUUGGAAGAAGCAAAAUCGGUUGGUCAACUUCGUAACGCCAGGCUGGCAAAUCUUCUUGGUUGCUGUUGUGAAAACGAUGAACGACUACUUGUGGCUGAGUAUAUGCCUAAUAAUACACUUGCAAAACAUCUUUUUCACUGGGAAUCGCAACCGAUGAAAUGGGCAAUGAGGUUACGUGUGGUGUUACAUUUAGCCGAAGCUCUUGAAUAUUGCACAAAUAAAGGGCGUGCUCUUUAUCACGAUCUCAAUGCCUAUAGAGUUUUGUUUGACGAGGAAGGUAAUCCUAGACUUUCGUGCUUUGGCUUGAUGAAGAAUAGUCGGGAUGGAAAAAGUUAUAGCACGAAUCUUGCUUUCACUCCUCCCGAGUAUUUGAGGACAGGAAGAGUAACGCCUGAAAGCGUGAUAUAUAGCUUUGGGACUCUUUUGGUUGACCUUCUUAGCGGGAAGCACAUUCCUCCAAGCCAUGCACUUGACUUGAUAAGAGAUCGGAACCUUCAAAUGCUUACGGAUUCAUGUUUGGAAGGACAAUUUUCUAACGAUGAUGGAACCGAGUUGGUGCGUUUGGCUUCUCGUUGUUUGCAAUACGAACCACGUGAACGCCCGAAUUCAAAGUCGCUUGUAGCGGCCUUGACUGCUCUACAAAAAGAAACAGAGGUCCCGUCAUACGUCUUGAUGGGGAUCCCGGCCACGACUUCAUUCUCACCUCGGUCACCUCUUGGUCAAGCUUGCUUAAGAAUGGAUUUGACCGCUAUACAUGAAAUUUUGGAAACGGUUUCGUAUAAAGAUGAUGAAGGGCAAACAAAUGAGCUCUCGUUUCAAGUGUGGACCGAUCAAAUGCAAGAGUCGUUAAAUUCAAAGAAAAAGGGAGAUGUAGCGUUCCGGAACAAGGAUUUCAAUGCUGCAAUAGAGUGUUACUCUCAGUUCAUUGAGCACGGACCAAUGGCAUCACCAACCGUAUAUGCAAGGCGUAGUCUAUCUUACCUCAUGAAUGACAUGGCUCAAGAAGCAUUAAAUGACGCAAUGCAGGCUCAAGUGGUGUCACCCGUUUGGCACAUUGCGUUGUAUCUACAAUCCGCCGCACUUUUUGCGCUUAAAAUGGAAAAUGAAGCGCAUGCGGCUCUCAAAGAGGCUGCAACUCUUGAAGCCAAGAGGGGUGCAGCCACUGCGAAUGGUCAGUGAUCAAGUUGGUUCUUGUUGACUUGAUAUGUUUUGACUUUGACUGAAUGGUCAAACGGAUAUAAGAGCGAAGAUUUUGCUGUUCUUUAUGGAAAUUUAUGGUAUUGGAGAUUAAAUGUAGAAAAAAAGGUUGCAUUUUUUGUUGAAGCAUUGGGUGUAAAGCAUGAACUUGGUUGGCUCUACUUUAUGUACAAAAAGUUAGCCUUUUAUUCUC